AUGGACAACGAUGACACAGAAGUGUGUGGGUAUAUCCAUAAUGUUUCUCCGAUAAAGAAAAGCACUAAGACCUCAUAUUUUGACCUCCAACUGCAAACCAAAUCAGAGCUUCUGAGGGCCGUUUGUUUUGCACCCAAGCGCCGAGGUGAAUUUGAAAGCAAGAGCAAAGCUGUUAGCCCAGUAAAGUUAAAGAGGUUCAGGCUGGACGAAACAAAUAGCACAAAAACUAUCCUUCUAUCUCGUGAGGCAGAGUUAAUUGACACCACCAUUGAUUUUGAAUCUGUACCAAUACCUCCUACCAAUAACAUUGCCUCGUUAACAGGAGCACAUUUAAACCAGCUUAUCGACAUAACAGCAACAGUUUCCCAGCUAUCAACCAUUAAAACGAUGGAUACCCGUCUAGGAGAGAAAGAUAAAGUUGAAUGUUACCUAGCAGAUCCAACAAGUGCAAUAAAGCUAAAAGCCUGGGGAGACCAUGCCCACGAAAUUAACGAAAGGAAAACUUACACCUUCAAGAAUUUGAGGGUUGUGAAAGAGUAUAAUUCAAGUAGUUUGGCUCUAGCCACUUCCGUGCAUUGUUGCAAGAUCACUGAGUGAAAUCCCUUUGAUAUACCAGUCCAAAUUCCUGCAGAGCUUCCUGUUUUCUUCACAGAAAAGGUAAUUACAUUAAAAAUCCUAGGAAUAUCGUCCUUCGAUAUGUAUGUGUGUUGCCAAGUGUGUCACAAAAAGAUCACUGAAACUGACAAACCAGUCAUUAAAUGCAGCAACUGCAAGCUAAUCCAAAAGAAAGAGAGUUGCUCCACACAGUGUCUUGUUAAGG